CAUCUUGUUGUUGAUCAUACAAAAUGCAACACUUUUUUUGCUGUUAAGCCUUAUUUUUCAUGUUAUUUAUGUGGUCCUUUUGUUGGAAUUGUGGUAUAGUUUGGCUGGCAGAUAAGGCUGCAAAUCCACUCAAUAUUCUUUUUUACAUAGUUUUUGUGUUGUCGGCUUGUUCAUUGUUCUCAAAGGCUUGGAUCGAAGUUUCUGGAUCAUUAAUAAGGGAUGUGACUAAGCAGUUUAAGGCCCGUUGGUUACUGCUUGCUGCAAGAAUGGAUUCUCAACUUUGGACUCGGUUGUGCAAACAUAUGGAUCUUGACCGGGCAAAUGAGACGUUUGAGGCAAUAGCUGAAAAGAUUGGAUUAACACUUGAUAUACAUUCCUACAAUGCUCUCACGUGCGCAUUUGGAAAAGUUAAAAAGACAUCACAGGCUUGUAAGGUUGAUGCAGGAUUCACACCCUCAAAGGAGAUGCUUAAGAAGGUCCGAAGAAGAUGCUCUCGUGAGUUAGACGCGAUAGUGAUGAGCGGUUACAAUCUCUUGUUCAUCAAUUCGGUUAUAUGA